AUGCUUCCCCAGCCACUCCAUGUGGAUUCCAUAGGCGCUGAGACAGCUUCCGCUCCCCGCGCCGGAACGCCUCAGUCAAACCCGCAGACAGCUACCCCGCCUUACUGGAAGCACUCGCGCAAUAUCUCACAUGCAUCUCACACCUCCCUGGACCGGUCCAGUGGUCUGAUAACGCUAGAGGAUCAUAGCGAGGACCCCUCAUGCGAUAAAAGCAAGGGGCUUUGGGCCAAAAACGUAACCAUCGACAACUAUGCCGUUGUCAAGGGGCAGUCGGGAAUCGGGGCGUAUGUCGUAUGGAUAUGUAACAUUCAGACUCUGGAGGGAGCAUCCAUGGUGGUUCGGAUGAGGUACUCCCAGUUUGUAGACCUUCGAUGCAAGCUUGCGGAGGCAUAUCCCCAUUGCAAGAAGUCCUUGCCAGUUUUGCCGCCUAAGAGCGCAUUAUUUAAAUUCAACGCAAAGUUCCUCGAAACAAGACGACAGGGCCUUGCCUAUUUCUUAAACUGCGUUUUACUGAACCCAGAGUUUUCUGGAUCUCCUAUUCUUAAAAAUACCCUUUUUACUCACUCCGCCUAG